AUGGACGGUUUAAGCGUACUUGCCACAUCCUUCAAGGAAAAUGUGGUCGUCAAGAAUCGAAAAUACCACAUGAAGACAUACCCUCAAUGUUUCGUUGGAAGUGAAGCCGUCGACUAUCUCGUGCAGUCUGGAAAUGCAGGUAGCCGAGAGGAAGCCGUCAGUAUUGGGGAGGCUCUCCAAGCUAUGCACCUCUUUGAGCACGUCACUCGUGAUCAUCAAUUCUCUGACAAAACCCUGUUUUACCGUUUCAUGGAAGGAGGUGAGCGAGGAUCCUUGAAACUUGAUGAAAAUACGGGCAAGGCAAUUGAAUGGACUAACUUCUUGGGCCCCGUCGGUCGUGCUGGUGACCAAAGUUUGCAACCAACAUUCGAUCAAGAAAAGUUGGCAUCCAUAGAUCCAAAGGAUCAACACGUCAUUUCUACUGUCUGGCCAAUGGAUGAAUUGAACACCGAAUUGUUAAAUAAUGUUCAUCCCCCAGACUGGCAAGAUCCCAAGGCCACAGAAAGUGACUUGUAUGAUGUUGUGGUAAUUGGUGCCGGUGUCGGUGGAUUGAUUGCCGCUGGCAGUUCUGCUGGUGUGGGUGGCAAGGUGGCGAUGAUUGAAGCUCACAUGCUCGGUGGCGAUUGCCUUAACACUGGAUGUGUUCCAUCCAAGGCUUUCAUUCAUUCUGCCAACAUGGCCCAUGGUUUGAAGAAUGAUGUUGCCCGUAUGGAAGAGGCUGGGGUAUUUGUGGAUCCGAGUGCUGUGCGAGUCGAUUUUGAUCAAGUCAUGAAGCGGGUGAGAAAGGUUCGAUCUCAAAUCAGUCAUCAUGACUCCGCUACUAGAUAUAGCAAGGAUCUGGGAGUUGAAGUGUUCAUUGGAUACGCCAAAUUCACAUCUCCAAGAACCGUCGUUGUCAAUGGCCAAACGUUGAAUUUCAAAAAGGCUGUCAUCGCAACUGGUGGAUACCCUACCUUAAUCCCUAUGGAAGGUAUGAAGAUGUUACACGACAAGGCCACAUCCACAGAAAUUUGUGAUUCGGAACGUCCAUUGGUGAUGACGAACGAAACUUUCUUCAACAUGACAAAGCAACCGACAAACAUGGUCACCAUUGGAGCUGGUGUAAUCGGUAUGGAGUUGUCGCAAGCAAUGCGACGCCUUGGAACAAAGGUCACCGUGCUUGGACGUUCCGGGAAAGUCUUGCCAAAGGAAGACCAAGACAUGGCCGACAUUGUCAAGCAACAAAUGGUUGAUGAUGCAGUCGAUUUCAAAUUGUCUGUCAAGGAAUACAUCAAGCUCGAGCUCACUGGUAAUAGAUCUGAAUCUGGACUCCCUGAAAUGGCCAUGACCCUUCUUGAAAAGGAUUCUUCAGAACCAAUCACACUGAUUUGCGAUGCCGUUUUGGUGGCCGCUGGACGACGUGCUAAUGUCACUGGAAUGGACUUGGAGAAGGCCAAGGUAGACUACACUCCUGAAGGCCUUGUGGUGAAUGACAAGUUACAAACAACCAACUCGAGAAUAUUUGGAGUUGGGGACGUUUGCUCCAAGUUCAAGUUCACACAUGCAGCCGACUUUAUGGCCAGAGCUGUUGUGCGCAACUCGUUGUUCUUUGGCAAGGAGAAGAUGUCUGGGUUGUUGAUUCCUUAUGCAACCUUUACAACUCCUGAAAUUGCCAGUGUUGGACUUUACGGCAAAGAUUUGGACGAGAAGGGCAUUGAAUACAAGAUUAUUGAAAAACACUUCAAAGAUAAUGAUCGAGCCAUUUGUGACGACAAUACCCAAGGAUUUGUCCGAUUCCGUGUGGAUACCAAAAAAGGUCUUAUCCUUGGAGCGAGUAUUGUUGGGGAAGGUGCUGCCAAUAUGAUUAGUGAGGUCACUUUGGCUAUGCAAUCUGGUACAGCACUUAGUACGCUGGCCUCUGUGAUCCACCCAUACCCAACGACAGCCGAAGUCCUUCGUCAAUCCGGAGACUUGCUGAACAAGGAAAAGCUGACUACGAAUGUGAAAAUUUUGCUGCGCGGAAUAGUUCAAAUACAAAAAUAG